AUCUAUAAGGUGAUCGUGGACGCCCGGCAAUCUAUUGACUUAUGGACCAGUGAAUUCAAGAAAUAUUUAGAUAUACUCACGAACAUAGAAGCAAAGACAGAUCGAAUUGCAUGUAUAGUUAAUGCUUACGAGCAUUCUAAGCUGCUAACUGGUGCACAUUUCGAGAUUCCACUUGAUUGCUUCUCCAGAGCGAGUAGUGAUGACAGUCUUCUUGGUGCUGCGGAUACAUUAUCAGGUUCACCAAAUAAAGGCGCGCAGUUGCCCUUGCUUCCUGAGGAAAUCGGGAGACGGAUGGUUACAUACACAGCACCAGCAGGCUGA